CCCUUUCGAUCCUCCCUCCCUGGUUGCUUGUGGUGAUCCAGUGGAUCUUCCAGUGUGCAGCGAGCCUCCGAGCAGGUCGGACCGGUGGGAGUGUGUUGUGACCGGAUCACACAUUGGACCUACGCUCGCCUGAUAUAUGUUUUUUUAAUUAUUAUUUCUUAUCAAAUAUCACUUUUGACAGUUUUUUCGUACCGGAUCCUUUGUUUCCCAACUCUUAUAGAAUUAGACUCCUGGAUCUACUGCCUUUUUUGUGUAAUUCCCAACACAAUCAGCUGCGAAUUGAGGAUUUGUGGAUUUAAAAGCAGCCUUGUGUGAGUUAUUGAAAGGAUUGUGGACAAGUAGACCGAAGGGGUUUGAACAUGUGGACUCCACAUUGCAGCCUUUAAAAAAGGACAAUAUUUAUAUUUGUUUUAUGGCGCCUUGCAUGAGGCAAUAAGGUAAUGGGAGAGGGUGCACAAGCAACAAGGGAGCGUUGUUUGGGUUGCAUGAAGGAGUCUCGGCUGGCUUGCGGUUCUUUUGACAAGAUUCACUGGAGUUCUAUUUAAAGUCCUGGACCAGCACCUUCUUCUCUGCAAAAAAGGACCACUAAUGGCUCAUUAGAGUGGAAGCCAUGGGAUGCGGACCGAAAUAAUCCAGCUUGGACACUGAACUCCGUACUGUGUUUGCACCUGAAUGCAUCUUGCACCUGACCUCUGACCUCCUGGUUUUUUGGACCUUUCCUCGACUGCUUCUGGCGGAGCUCAGCUUGGCUGCUUUGUCUUGUUGCGUUCUGGUUCUGAAAGUUCAGUGAAUGUGGCGCGACAUGGCGUGUCCGUGGAGUGGGAAUGGAUUGUGGGUCCUGCUGGUGUUGUUACUGGAUUUACUGGGAACCACUGCCAGCAGCAUGGAGCCCAUCUACUGGAAUUCACUCAACGAGAGGUUCCGGGACGAUAAGGGCUACGUCCUCUAUCCUCAGAUUGGCGACCGGCUGGACCUGAUUUGCCCUCCCCUAGACACAAUCCGCUCCACGCCGGAGUACGAGUUCUACAAGCUGUACCUGGUGUCGUCGCGGGAGCAGGCAGACCGCUGCGAAGUGAUGGGCGCGCCCAACAUUGUCCUGACGUGCGACGAGCCCACCAGGGAACGCCGCUUCACCAUCAAGUUCCAGGAGUUCUCGCCCAACCUGUGGGGCCACGAGUUCAAGAGCAUGCACGACUACUACAUCAUCGCUACAUCAGAUGGGACGCGCCAAGGUCUGGACAGCAUGAGGGGCGGAGUUUGUGCCACGCAGGGCAUGAAGGUGGUCCUUAAAGUGGGGCAAAGUCCGUACGGGCUGCCCCCCAAGAAGGAGACAGCGGGACGCUCCACCAACAGGAACUCAGGCGGGAACUCGACCCAUUCGAGAGGACCCAACACCUUCGGAGGAGCCGAAGGGGGCGGCGAGAACGGCCCCCUGCAAUCGUCCAACAUUGCCCUCAUUGCCGGAGCGGCAGGAGGCUCCGCCUUUCUCCUGCUGGUCACCGCCGUCAUCUGCGUGGUGUGUUACAGGCGACGGCACGCCAAGCACUCGGACACCCACCACCCUCCGCUGUCGCUGUCGUCGCUCACCAGCCCCAAGCGAGGCGGCGGCGGAGGCGGCAUCUCCAGCUCCAACAAUAACGGCUCGGAACCCAGCGACAUCAUCAUCCCGCUGAGGACGUCGGACUCUGCCUACUGCCCGCAUUACGAGAAGGUAAGCGGCGACUACGGACACCCGGUCUACAUCGUGCAGGAAAUGCCGCCACAGAGCCCAGCCAACAUCUACUACAAAGUAUGAGAACUGGAUUGCCUACAUCUGCCCGUCAUCACUCCAGUCCCCGCCCCCUUCGCCCCAAAUGGAGCCACAGCACGGCCCGCCGUCACAACUCAUUAUCCAGCCGCCAGAAUCGAACCGCGACCAAACCCAAUCUCACUUGAGCGGGCCGCAAAAGUGUGCGUGGGGGUUCUCCAGCCCUCCAGAACAUACCCGGAACCUCUUUGACCCGUGCCGGAUCAAGGAGUCGUUCCCAAAAUGCACUUGUGGCUUUUGAACUUCAGGAGAAUGAAAAGACAAUAGCUUCAAAAUACUCGGAUAAAAGCCCACUUAGUGCUGAGGAACUCACAGUCGCCAUACCUGCCUAGAACCCAGCAGCUCGCCCCUCCGAGUGCCAUCAGCCAAUCAGAGACCAGCCCCGCCUCUUGCCACCAGCGCUCCUUUAGGAAUACUUGGAACAAAAGGGGAGGUGGGGCUCGAGGACUCGGCCAAUCAGUAAUGCUGGGUCGGAGGUCAGUCACGUGACCGGGCCUCGAUGACACUCAGAAUCUUGUAUAUUUUAAUAACGUGUGCGUGUGUGUGUGUGUGUGUGUGCGCGUGUGUGUGUGUAAGUGGGCGUGUGCUUUACAUGGGCGUGACUGUGCUCUUUAGACUUGUCUUAAAAAUACCAAAACACAAAAUAGUGAGCGGCUAUCAAAAGGAAAAAAAAAAAAAACAGAAAAAAAGUAUUUUUUUUUUAUGGCUAUCAACACGUAUAGAUGAUAUAUAUAAAUAUCCAGUAAAUAGAUGUUUUUCUUUUAUUUUCUAUUGUUUUGUUAUACCCGCUCUCCGCUAAAAAGACGACGCCUCUGUUGCUAGACCUUUUUCUAUUUUUCACAACUUACCGUAGUACAAUCUGCCUUUUUAAAAAGUAUUAAUUUAACCCCACUUAUUGACCUCUUCACACACCCCCGCCCCCCUCCCCCAACCUCCCCAGGUGUCUGUAUAUUUUUAUAGCUUCUUGUUCUAUGCUGUAGUGUUCAAGUUUAGACAUCGUUUGUGGAAGUGUUGAGGUAGAGCCAUCUAUCUUUUUUUUUUUUUUUUUAUUCCAAAUGCUUUUUUGGAGGGGGGGGAGUAAAAAAAAAGAACUUAAAGCGGCGACUGAAUGCAGAAAAAAAAGGACUGUGGUGAAAUUGCACAUUAAAAAGGAAAGAGGAGGAGGUUGAAGGAUGCUAAAGAAUGGGAUGUAUAACCAAGGAGUUGAAAACAUGCAUCACACACACACACACACACACACACACACGUAAAAUCUCCCCUUGUUGUGUUAGAUUAUUUGUGCACACACACACUGCUACACAAACUGUCCCAUUGCCUAAUAAUUGUUUUCAUAUUACAUACGUGUGUGUGUGUGUGUGUUUAAAUAACAAACAGGUUAACAACACACAACUCAAAACAGCAGUUUGUGUGUGUGUGUUAGUGCUGCGUUCAAAGGCGCUAUGUGUUCCCAUGUGCUUAGCAGUGAUUAAAGAAAUGUUGUUUUUUGUGUUGCUCAAACAUAUACGCUUCCACGUAAACACACACACACACACACACGUAUGCUGCGUUCGCAUAUGCUUGGCAGUAAUGACGUUUUGUGUUGCUACAACACGUUUGUGGCUAAUGUAAACCUGGAUGGCAGCGACACACACACACACACACACAUAUAUAACACACAUAACACACAUACAAACACGUGCACACUCCAGCAUUUUAUUUGUAAGAUCCUUCCUUAAGUGUGUUUUUGUAUCAGUACCUAACAUCAUCUAUUUGUAUUAAAAUGUGCUUUAAUUGUCACGUUCCGCCAUGUUGAGGAUUUUUGUAGCCUUCUGGAUUGUAUUUGACAGUAAUGAAAUUAUGAAAAGAUGAAAUUGUGGUUUAGUGGUUGUGAAAGAGGAGGUUGGGGGGGGGAGGAUUCUGUUGUUUUUAUGUCGGCCGUCUAUUUAAACAUGCAGAGCGAUGAGGGUGCACACACACACACACACACACACACACUCAUUUGCCCUCUUAACUUCUGCAACAUUUUGGAGUGCUCCUGUGCAACAUGACUGUGCUCAGUCCAAAACAUAGCUGUAACCAGGGUGGAGGGGUUGGGGGGGGGGGGCGACAUCAAAGACUACAUACUGUAUACUGCAUAUAAUAUUGCAUACUACCCCCGCAGCUUUGAAUCUACGGUAGACUGCCAUGUUAUGUCAUUUUUUCUCUCAUGAUUUGUGUUUGACUUCUCAACUAGUAAUGGACCCAUGGAGUCGGGCCGGGUGGGGGGCCCGGUGGCUGUCCCACCAUUGGUUGGUGAACAUGUAUGUCUCAAUGUGUCUCUUUGUGCCAAUAAGCCGGAGAAUGGAGGUCUGCAAAAUGAGGAGGCGCUCCAAUGUGAUGUUUUUAAUUUGGGACACCGCUUUGUUUGUGUGUGUGUGUGUCACUUCACUUUCUAUUCUUCCCUCCUUGUCUCCUUAUCAUGGCCACCGCUGCAGUGACCCCUCCUUCCCGCGCCCCCAACACACCUCUAAAGAGAGGAAAAGAUGAGUACAUUCCUGCUUUGGAGAAAAAAAAAACGAUUGAAUAAAAAAAUGUUUAAGCACCACUCUUUCUGGUUGUGAUGUGUGAUUCAUUAUUGUGUGGGGUCCUUUGUUCAUGUGUGUGUGUGUGCGUGCACGUCAAAGGCCCACUCGUAAGCAUGUCUUUUUUAGUUUCAGAGCUAUAGACUCCUCUCAGCAGGCUGCCUUUCAGCGCUUCUGCUAAUAGCAUCACACACACACAAACACGCACCAGCUCUCCCACCGCUGUUAUCAACAACUUAUCAAACCUGGCACAGUUAGCGUUGCCUGGCAACCCAUUGACAGGCCUGAUUUCAUUCUACAUUCAAGUCUAUACCCCCGUUUCCCCCGUUGCUAUGGUAACACUUAGCGUCCCUUCCAAUGCGGCCAAAGCCGGCCACCAUGGUGGGCUUAGGGUUGUCCGGUCGGCUCAGCUGCCGUGGCGCUUUGAUCGAUGGCAUGAGAGUUGAUUAUGUGCUGUCACACACACACGCAGGCACUGACCCCCCCCCAACUACACAAACGCCCGCAAUUGUGAC